AACUGUUUAUGUUUAAAGUAAAACUUUUAAAUCUAGGAUAUUUCCUUUAUCCACAAUUUUUCGUUAUCGAUUGUACUUUACUUAGAAAAUCUCUUUACAUAUUUUAAUGUUAUAUUUAAUAAUCAUAUGAUUAGAAUUGCUGUACUCAGGAAAUAUAGUCAUGGAUGCUGAACAAAAAUUAGCAAAGGCAAAAUUCCAUGAAAGUUUAGAUAAUAUCGAUAUUAAAUAUCAAAAUUAUGUGAAAACCGCUGCUAAGUACCACUUUCAAUUGAAAGCUAUUAUUCACGAUAUUUUAAAAUGCAACGAUUCCAUGGAAAAGUUAAAUGAACUAAACGAGAAAGGAAGAGUGGUAAUAUCAAAUUUAAGGGACUUAUUAGAGAAACUAGACUUGUAUGUGAAGGAAACAGCGGAUGCAAGGUUUACUGCAGAAUUGGAAUCACAGCGCCAUUUACAAGCUUGCCUCAUCAAGGAAUUCAAAGAAGCAAAUAUAAAAAGCAUGUUGGAAAUAGAAAGGGUACAAAGAGAAGAGUUAUUGAAAAGUCCUGAAGGGGAACAGUCAGUCUUACGGUUGAGAAAUAAAAAAGUGGACAGAGAUGGGUUGCUCAAAUCAUCUACAGGAGUAACGGAGCAAUUGUUAACAAUAAGCAGACAGCUAGCUGCAACCACACAAAGAAGCCAAGAUACACUUGAUAAUCUGGUGUCUUCAAGUACAGCCGUGCAUGGCACACAGUCUGAGCUACAAAACACGAGCAGCACAAUUCAACAAUCCAGUAAACUUUUGAAAAAAUAUGGUCGCCGGGAAUUUACCGAUAAAGUUAUCAUGUUUUUCGCAUUUUUAUUCUUUCUAGCCGUUUGCCUUUAUAUUGUUCAAAAGCGAUUGUUUUAAAUUAUAUGUAUUUAAAUUGUGUCUUUUUUAUUAUUGUUGAAAUUUGUGUUAAUUUAAAUAAAUUAUUUAU